GUUUGGCUCAGGGAUACAAUGCCAGCCACCAGCUUAGUAACAGCGUGCAGACAGCCACAAAGCUCAAGUUCACCGAUGAGCGCCACCGAUUCGUGAUUCUGGAUCGCGGUAAACCAUGCGCGCUCCUUCACAAUGCCUCGCAGCGGUGUCGUUGCUGUUCCUGCAGCUGUGCCCACCAUGUCAUUGCUCCACUUCGACCCCACUCGAACACAGACCCCUGCUCUCCUUCAGCAGCACAUGGGAAGUUCUUGGGCCUUUCCAGAUAGGCACACGAGAGGCCACCUGGGGUGCAGAUCCUCUCGAAUUGAACGGGGGAUUCAGGAACGUGAAAUAUGACCCUCAAGCAUCAUACCGGAGUUCUCUGCCUACGAACGGUACUGCACAUUGGAACAUCACAACUGCAAAGACCCUCAGUAGCACGACUUCUGCCAAUGCCACUCUCAGUGUUGGUUAUUCCAAUGUCGAUUGGGAGUUCCUUAAGGUAGUCUAUGGAUGGGCUUCGGUUCAAUACCAGGUUUGGGCGCGUGGAGAGUUGAUCGUUGGCGGAAACGAAACUCAGCACGUGAUUCUUCACACCGAUGCUAUAUUAGAAUAUUGGAUCGACGACACACAUUCGUUCGGUGGCGAUCUAUACAGCUUUCGGAACGCUCCGCCUGUUUUACAUCUAGGUCCAGGACAUCACCGCAUCGACCUUCGACUUGUGCGUGAUGUCAGAGCCUUUGGAGGUAUUCUCGAACCGACCAUAGACGUCGUUGUGGGCGUCGAACAAGUGUCUGGAACUCUGGAACUGGCAAAGCCUGGCAUCCUCUUGUCAGACGUAAUCGAUGGCCGUCUUGCAACGCCACAUGGCUCUGUGAACCUCCGCAAUAGCGGUGCCGAAGACAUCGAGGUUACUGGAAUCUAUGCUGCAAAUGUUAGCACCAAUGAACAUGCUCACAACAUCGUAAUUGUGGCAGGCCAGACCAGACCUGUGGCUUUCCACAUUACACUCCCUUCCCACAACGCUACGUCUGUAACCUACAGCAUAGCAUUCAAAGAGCUUAGCAGCAGCAAAUCAUCAAGCCUUGCAGUCACUCAACAUCUUAAACACGUAUCUGCCUACGACCCUCACAAAGUCACCUUCAUGCAUCCUGGCGGAAUGGUUUCUUAUGCCAUGCUUCGCCCCCCUGCAAAGAAUGCGACUUGCCGCGACAAACAGGCAAAGUUACCAGUGUUCCUAGCGCUACACGGAGCAGGGCUGGAAGCCGACAACCCCAUGGUGACCGGAGCUCUAGAUGCAGUUUCCGACCUCUGUGCUUGGACUGUCUUUCCCACAGGUGUGACACCCUGGUCUGCAGACGACUGGCACAAUUGGGGCUUCGCCGACGUUGAAGCUGCAAUCGACGCCAUACCUGCAUGGAUAUCAUUUGGCAACUGGACGGGCCCAGAUGUCGACACGAAUCGAUGGAUCGUAUCUGGACACUCGAAUGGUGGUCAGGGUACGUGGUAUGCAGUUACCCACCGGUCGGAUAAGGUGCUUGCCGCAAUACCUGUAUCUUGUUACACGAGUAUUCAGAAGUACGUACCCUAUGAGCUGUGGCAGCCUGUCGAUCCAAGGCGUGCAUCAAUCAUUAGUGCAUCGCUCAACAGCUACCGACAUGAGAUGCUUAUCGCCAACGCUCGCGGGAUUCCAAUCCAGCAGCAGCACGGGGAGAUUGACGACAAUGUGCCAGCCUAUCACUCUCGUUUCCUAGCCCAGCAAUUACAAUUUGCGGGAGUGAAUACAAGCUACAAUGAGGUGCCGGAUCAUAGCCACUGGUGGGACGGCGUCAUGGUAACACCAGAGUUGAUCGCAUUCUAUCACAAUCAAACGAGGAACGAGGAAGAGCUGCCUCGUAAAUUGGAGGAGUUCAGCAUUGUCGUAGGUGACCCUGGCGACACAAGCAGCAAAGGCGGCGUCAAAGUGACGCACCUAGAAGACCCUGGACAGUAUGGCAGAGUGCAUGUGCAAGGCCGAACAGUCAAAACAUCGAACGUCUUGACCAUUGAGUUCGGUCCUCCAUUCUGGAAAGAUCACGUUAUGAUAGACGGACAAUCACUCGACAUGACGAGUGUUGCGGCAGACACUGACGCCUCUGUCAGCGUUCGCUUGGCCAACAAUGUUUGGUCUAUAGAGACUGCAAGUGCAGCAGCGAUUUCAUCCAGCAGAAACGGUCGUCAGUUGGGCUCCAUGACAGCCAUCUUACGCUCACACGGUCCGUUAAUAAUUCAACAUCCAGGUUCUGGCAACACUUCGGACCUCGCCCUACAGGUAUCGCGCAACCUGCACCAGUAUUUCCGCGCCGACACCAUCAUAUGGAAAGACAACAUGGAAGUUGCUUCCCCAAGCCCCACUGGCAAUUUCAUCAGCCUCGUUAUCGGUAACACUGUCGUGGGCGCUGAUCCGGACUUCCCUUUACAAGCGUCUGCAUCCGGAAUCUCUCUGCGUGACAGUUGCGGGCGAGAGCAACAAUACGAUGAAGCGCGUGGCGCGGCGUGGCUUCAACCAUUGACAGGCGAAAGACUGGAGCUAGUAAUAUGGGGAGCUGAUGACGAAGGUCUGCGACAGGCUGCAAGACUGGUGCCCAUGCUCACAGGUGUGGGUCAGCCGGACUUUGUGGUACUGAGUGAAGAGGCAAAGUGGAAGGGUGUUGAGGGCACUCUAGCUCUAGGCUUCUUCGAUUCGCAGUGGAAGAUCACUGCGUCUAGUUUCAUAACUUAGGUUCCGCAAUUGUCGGCUGGCGACAGUAGCUAGCACUUUUCAACUUCACUUUCACUAAAUGGCCAAGGCUUGCCGCGUCUGUGUUGUUUGCAAG